AUGAGUGAGGCACCAAAGGGAUUGGCGGGUGGUCGCCGUAGAAAGGUGGAGAAGGAUCAAUCCGACGAUGAGGAGGAAAACCCAACACUCCUGCAGAAGGACCAACAACAAACAAAAACAAAAGUCACUCGCUCCAAAGCCCCAAAGGCCACCGCCGCCACUUUUAAUGCCGUAUUGCCUGUACAUAAAGACCCCAUGGCGGCGAAUGAAACCACCGGUGUAGAUCCCACUAAUAAUAAUAAUAAUAAUAAUAUUAAUAAUAUUACUACUACUACUACUAUGGAUGCUAACAAGACAACAAGUACGGCUAAUGUGAAUACAACACAAAUGGGAAUGACCGCCGGGGGAAACGAACAUGUAGCGACGGCUCCCUCUCACUUCACUUCACCCGCCACUUUGGCAGAUGGAUCGGAAGAUAUCUUCGCUAUUGCGUAUGAUACCUACACCUCAGAGGAUCUCUACGCCUUGUUAAAGCGGUAUACACGACAGGAGGUGGAAAAGCGAAUGGUCGAACAUGAACAAAUACGUUCAAGUAAUCAACAACAACAAAUGCAGGUGGAGCGUUUCUUAGAUGCCGCACCCACUACUGCUGGACGUGUGGGCACCAGUAAUAAUAAUAACGGCAACAGCAAUAGCGCAGAGGAACUUGGUGGAUAUAUGUACAGUGUUAUGCUGCAGCGACUGUUUGUGGCGCUUAAUCGUAAUAAAGAGAGCAGUGCCAUGACGGAACGUAAUCAACUCCCAACACCACAGUUGGAGAGAAUUGGUAAAAAGAAAGUUAUCAUUACGAACUUUCGUCGUAUUUGUCAAGCCUUUCAUCGUCCUAUUGAAGAUGUAAAGGAUUACAUUGAAAAGGAACUUUCUGUUCGUGGUAACCUGGAUACAAAUGAUGGUCUUAUUCUUAAGUAUGAAACCCAAAAGGCCACAGCAUUUGAUAAGAUUAUUAUUAAAUAUUUGGAUGAGUAUGUGAAGUGUAAUUCCUGCCAUAAAAUUGAUACGACUCUCACAAAAGAGGGACGACGAAUGGAACUUCGCUGCAAUUUGUGUACAGCCACACGUACAGUGCAGGCAGUGGGAUCCGCGACCUUCAGUGCGCAGGUCGGAAAGCGAUCCAAGGCGAGAAUGCAGGCCUUGACUCUCUAA